AUGACAACACAGGCUGCCGAGAAGCACGACGCCCUGACGGUAUGGGCCAACGACACAACUCACGACUUCUACUACCCUCCUUCCGAUUUACAAGUACCAGACAAUCCAGUCAGAACGGGACCUGGUCGCGCAUGGGAUGAGGCCGACUUCGCGAAGAAACAAGCGUCACUGGCCUACGCAGUCAACAAGAAUAAACCACCACACGCCGGAAGAUUUCCCAUUCGGACUAAACUCCAAUCUCUCGAUAGCGGCUCGAAGAAAACGAUCUUGACCAACCAUUUCCAGCUGAAGACGCGCGACAAGGAACUCUACGAGUACGAAAUUCUCGAUCUCGACGCGGACGGUCCGACUCGGAAAAAGAUCCAGGCUUUGUUUCGUAAAGCAGUCGAUACAUGGCCUUUCCUCAACGCCCACCAGGACAGUUUCGCUACAGACGGCCAGAAAACCAUCGUAUCUUGGAAAAGCCUGCACAGUAACAUGGACCCUAGCACGCUCGAAGCAGGCACUUCAUCUACUUGGCGCCGCGAUCUUGUAGUCAAUAGCGCUAUUACCAUCCCAGCGCGUUUCAGCUUCGUUGGAACGGUCGAUGUUGCUGGUCUCAUCCAGCAGAGCGAGAGUAACCCGGACCAAGAAAAGACUGACCAUACUUCUGCGGAGCGGUGUCUUAACAUCCUUAUUGCGAAGAGCUUUGACGCAAGCGUAGUCCGGCUUUCUGGAAAGAAAUUCUACGUAAGAAAAGCUCGCGCAAACCUUGGAAGUUCCACGUCGCUUGAGAUCAUUCGAGGCUACCAUUACGCUGUCAGGCCGGGUAUGGGAAACCUGCUCAUGAACUUCAACGUUGCGACUAGUGCAUUCUUUCGUCCAAUCCUUGUAAGCGAGUUUCUUGCGGAUCGUGGCACCUUCAGCAGCGACUGGGAACGACAAGUCAAUCUCAAAACUCUCCGGGUUUAUGUAGAGUUCCCUCAUUCUGAGGAUCGCCUGAACAGGCCAGGUGCUCGUAUCAAGAAGAUCAAGGAUCUUGGACCCGCUAUCGGCACUCUGUCCUUCCGGAAAGUAUCCAAAGAUGCCCAAGGACAACCGAUAAGGGACAUAACCCAACCAGGUGGUUGGCAACUCGAUCCUCCUACUCAGGUAGUUGAUCAUCUGAUGACAGUGUUUGGUCAGUCUGCCGUCCCAGGUCGAAAGGCUGUCAACGUGGGAUCAGCUGGUGACCCGGUCUAUUACGCUCAAGAAAUGCUUCGCAUCAUUCCUUACCAACUGUACACACGUCCUGUUCCCGAUCGAUUUACCCGCAACAUGGUCGAGAUGGCUGCACUUGAUCCAGGUCAAUCGCAGUGGCUCAUCGAAAAUGAAGGCCUUUCUCAACUUGGGUUUGCCAACGCUAAGAAUGAGGAGGUUCAGUUUGUACCUUCCACAACAUUGUCCUACCCUGAAGUCCAGUACCAAUGGAAUACGUUUCGUCCUGAGAAAGACAAGAAGGCGAACGACAAACCUCCAUCCUUUACGCAGUCCGCUUGGAACCUGCAACCCUUCACAGCUUUCUACACCCCUAAAGUACAGACGUUGAAAUACUUUGUCAUUCAUUCAUUGGAUUCGACAGUCCCCGUGGCCGGUUUCGAGACGGAGUUGCAAGACCAAAUGCUCCGAAGAUGCAAUACGAAGGCCGAGGGGGUAGUCCGCUUGAAUGCCAGCGAAGCUGCAAGUGAACUCAGAGGCUCUUCCUUGGAACUAAGAAUGAAGCAAGCUAAAGAAUCCGAGGCUGAGCUGGCGGUUUUGUUGCUUCAGAAUUUCGACCGCAGCGCUUACUCGGAGUUCAAGAACCUGGCAGACCGCAAGUAUGGGCUACGCUCUCUCUGUUUAGCAAAGCCGGCGCUAUUCUCGAACUCCAAGUACAUGAGCAACGUUGCUCAGAAGAUAAACAUCAAGUUCGGUGGUGUGAACUCUUACGUGGCGAAGGUCAAAUCUUUCUUGGAGACAAAGACGCUCGUUCUGGGUGCAGAUCUAGUACAUCCCCCAGCUGGAGCACUCGAAGAUACACCCUCUAUUGCCUGUAUGGUUGGUUCUAUCGACAAUCACGGCGGCUGUUUCCCGGGAUCUGCCCGACUCCAAAGCAAGGACCGAGACGACCGAGAGCGGGUUGACAAGGGGGGUCUUUUCCCUCUGAACAUCAUCUAUUAUCGCGACGGAGUGUCCGAAGGACACUACCAGAAGGUAGUGAGCGUCGAGCUGAGAGCUAUCCGCCGAGCAUGGAGAGAAGCACAAGCCGCUACCAACACCAUCUUACUGGGCGGUGUCAAGGAUGUGAGGCUUACGGCUUUGGUGGGUGUGAAACGCCACCAUACCCGCUUCUACCCGAUGACAGACAAGGAUGCGGACACUGAAUGGGGAAACAACAAUUGCCUUCCUGGCACCUAUGUGGACCGAGUCGUCACCUCGCCAUACUAUCGAGACUUCUAUCUUCAGUCUCACAGCGGUGUCAAGGGUACAGCGAGACCAACUCAUUACUUUAUGCUCGCGGACGGAAAGAUUCCUAAUUGCACCACCAUCGACGAUCUUCGGAUGCUGACUCAUAGUCUCUGCUACACUUACUGCCGAGCCACGGGUGGUAUCUCUUACGCAGCCCCAACCUACUAUGCCGACCGCUUGUGCGACCGAGCACGUCUCUACCUCCCCGAAUCCUGGACCGCCAACAAUGUGGGGCUGCAGGCCAGUAUCGAUACCGCAAGAACCAACCACUCGACUGCACGUCAGAACAAUCGUGAUCUGCUAUACCGUCAAGGACAGCAGUUCAACUCGACGGUGCAUAAUGCGAAGUCUAACGCAGAGCUUGCAGAUGAAGGGCAAGACGAGGACAGCCUUCGCGCCUUCACCAAGGACUUCGUCAUGCAACACGCCAAGAACGAGUUCUACGCGUACAAGACUGACCAAACGGGAAACCCUUGGCACGAGUCUCUCGACAAGAUCAUGUUUUGGAUGUGA